AUCCUGCUGUUAGAUCCUGGUGCUGAGAGUGGAGGGAGGAGGAGGAGAUGUCUAGAAGAAUCUCAGCUUUCUCUGUCCUCUGUUAGUUCAGCUUGUUCUUUGGAAGGGAUAGACAGCAAACUAUGGCUCAGGCUAAAAUCCAGGCAAAGGCAACCACCGAAGCGCACAUUUCCGGCAAGUUCUGCCGCUCUGUCUCUAUGGCGGCUCGAUCCAACCACCUGUUAGAGAUUCUGGACGAUCUGGAAGUCAGGGUGCAAGCCUUUCGUGAUGCAGCCUCAGCCCUAGAGCUGGAGAAAGAGUCUCUGAUGGAAAAGAUUCACAGCGUGCAGAACAGCCAAGACAUAAGGAAUAUCUGUGAUGGUGAGAGAGAAGAACUAUUUAUAACAGCAGAACGCCUAAUGGGCCGCACCCUCACGGUUGAUGUAUCCGUAGAAACCAUUAGAAACCCCCUGCAGGAAUCUUCUCUACAGCAAGCCACCACCAUCAUUGAUGACAUCUUGAAAAAAGUCACAGACAGCCUGGAAAAUGGCAGGAAACAGUUAAUGUCGCUGUAUGGAGCUUGCACUUCGGAUGUGCCAGUAGGACCAGUAGACCAGAAGUUUCAGUCCGUAAUUAUUGGAUGUGCAGUAGAGGACCAAAAGAAAAUAAAGAGGAGGCUGGAAACCCUCAUCAGGAAUAUAGACAACUCGGAGAAAGCAAUCGCCUUGCUUGAGAACCAGAGGCAGAAAUCUGCUUUCCGUUUGAAUCACAACAAGACCAUGUAAAUUCCUAUAUUGACCAAUAUUCCUUUUUUUGUUUCUUUUGCAAGAACUGCAGAAAGGAGGAAAGGCAUCUAAAUGGUAUAAAUUUGCUGAUAACAUAUUUAAAAUCAUCUUUAAUUAAAUGUUCACAUAUAAUUUCUACUGGGUUGGUUUUGUAUUAGAACAGAUUAAGAUGGAAUUGCCUAUUAUUCUAUACGCUAGCUAAAAAAAAGUAUCCACGCCCCU